GCCGGGAAAACUAAAAUUCCCACAAUCCUCUAUUCACAGGAAGUAACGUAUUCGAAGGCUUUCGUCUUGUAAUCUUCAUAUUUUGUAGUCCCUCUAUGGCAAGACAGUAAAACCAGCCCGCCAUGCCGAGAUGCAGGUUGGACGUCUCUGUCCAUGUGUUGUUAUGAUUCAGGUGCAAUGAUGUGCAAAAUCUCCAAAGUCACCGAGUCCAAACCAUGAACAAAACAGCAAAAUCUACUUGUGAUUCUGACCGACAGAGUAAAAAAGUCAAAACGAGUCAUGGAUCGACCCAGGGCACUCAAGGUCAGAAAGCAGAUGUGAAGGGCUGUGCAGCUGGAAAAGAUGCUUGUUCUCCUGGACCUGAGAGAAGCUCGGAGUCUUCCCACACUAUGCAAAAACGUUCUCAAAAGGAGGCCAAAUCUACUCGUAGUGACAGUCCUUCAUCCCAGCAGCAUCUGAUGAAGACGUCGCCUGCUGAAGAUGAAAAAGGGUUUUAUUUUUUUCAGAAAUGCAAACACUGGAAUGAGCCUCACAGCCUUGGUGAUGCGGACCUGUACAGAGACGAAGACGAAAUUCAAAAAGAGCUGCAAGACAAGCAGCAGACAGAGUCAGUGGCUGCUGGUGAGGCCCAGAGCAGCGUGUCAGCUGCAGAGGAUCUUCAGACCUACAGUCAGAGAGAAUGGAAAGGCAACACCACAAAAAGUCUGCUAAUUCGAAAGGGAUAUGAAACAAUAGCCAGUGAGUUCAAGCUGCGCAGAGUAAGAGGUGAUAACUAUUGUGCGUUAAGAGCAACGCUCUUCCAGGUGCUCAGCCAGUCAAAACAGCUUCCUGCCUGGCUGCGUGACUCUGACAUUCGCGAGUGGCCAAAAGAAACUCAGUCUGAUCAGGAUUUUAUUAAGGAGUGGAAGUUUCCAUUUGAAACUAGUAAGAGCAAAGUGCGGCAUCUUGAACAAUGUCUGGAGCGACUGAAGCAAAGGUGGGAAGAGAGUGUCCAGUGCAGAAGUCUUGAGCAGAGGGAGCGUUUGUGCCAGGAGGUGUUCAGAGUUCAUGAUGAGGAGUAUGAGCUUCUGGAAGCGCUCAAGUUCUUGAUGCUGAGGACUGCCAUUCAUUUGCACUCCGAUAUGGAGAAGGGCUCUGAUGUACCCGAGUUCUGCUGGCUCCUCUUUGCUCGUGACUCAUCCAGAUGCCCUAAGACGUUCUUCACCAAUCACCUCAGACACGUAGGCUUCAGUGGUGGGCUGGAACAGGUGGAGAUGUGCCUCCUGGGUUAUUCCCUUCAGCAGACGAUGCAGGUUGUUCGGCUGUACAAGUGUGAAACUGAAGAGUUUAUUAUAUACUACCCAAACGACCACAAGAAGGACUGGCCUACUUUAUGCUUGCUUACAGAAGAUGACAGACACUACAAUGUACUCGUCUCCCAAAAUUCCUCCAAAUUUGAUGAAUAUGGUAGGCCAAAGUGGAAUCUACCUUCAGAUGGACAACCGAGCAAAACAACACGUCUUUAAAGAGUAAAUGGCAAUCACACACAAUCUACCGAACUCAGGAGUUACAAUCCUUCAUGUUUUCCACAUAGCUGUUCUUGAGUUUAUGAUUUGGGAUGUUUUUUCUUUCAGUUUAUAAUUCUUAUAAAUGUAAAGAUUUGCUUAUCCUUAUUCUGCUACCUAUGUAAUUUUAGAAUAGAAAGAUCAAAUUGUAUGCAUUUCUAAAUAAAUGAUGUGCAAUAGUUUUAUGAGACACAGCUGUAACUCCAGCUAGGAUGGAGGAUAAUAUUUUUUUGAUUUAGUUGAAUAUGAAAUUAGUUGAUUAUGAAAUAAUUAGUUUACAAGGUUAAUUAUUCCUUUUCUUAUUGCAAUAAAUUUAAACUGUAAA